UUUACAAAUGUCAAAAUGUGUAAAGUCCAGGUAAAAACUGUAUUAAAGUGAUAAUAGUUAUAAAGAAACUUUCAGGAUAUGUAAUGUGAAAGAGUUCACAUGAUGUUGCAGAACUAUAACAUCUUAUCAAGUUAGACUUUGAUACCAAAUGCGCCCGUUCCGCUCAGUAAGAAGCUCAGGGAUCUUGUGGCUGCAAUACUGUGUAUUUCAGAGGGUGUUUUGCUCCAUAACAACAUUUACCCAUCAUCCUCUCCGUGACCAGGGUGCAGAGUUUAUCUCCAUAUUCAGCAGCAGACAGUCUGGAGGUGGUGUUUAACCCCACCUGCCUCGCUUAAAUGGAUGCGCGACGCACUCUCACUCCAGCCCUCAUUCACAUGUCUUUAUCAGAGGUCUGCGCCGAUAAUCCUCUGAAAUCCCGGUCAACAGAGGCGGAGCGAGCUGCGCUUUGCAGUUUCCCCCCGUGUGACAGGGAUCUGUUGUGGCGGGCUGCGAGGAGCGCACGGACGGUUCGGCGCGAUGCGUGUUUUGGGCUUCUUCACGGGGCAGCUGCCUGCGUAAAAACGCUGCGGUCAGGGAGGGAGCGGAUGCGCCUCUGGCCAUGAGCGGUUCCAGGAAGCACAGCUUUCAGGCGGCGCUGAUCUUCUUGUAUGUCGUGCAGCUGACUGCAGGUCUGAAGUGUGUGUGCCUGCUCUGUGCCAACCACACCUGCGAGACGGCUGCAGACGGCGCCUGCUGGAACUCCGUCAUGCUGAUCGACGGGAAGGAGGAGACGGUCAAAUCCUGCCUGUCGCCCUCCGAGAUGAAGGGCCAGGUGUUCUGCUACAGCUCCAGAAAUGUCUCCAAGAGGAACUGUUGCUUCACCGACUUCUGCAACAACGAGACUCUACACAUUUACCCAGAGAGGCCUUUGGAAGAGCCUGGCUGGAGCCGGUUGCAGCUCACAGUGGUGAUCCUGGUGCCCUGCUGCCUGCUGUGUGUGGGGAUCCUGCUCGGCGUGUGUGCCGUGCAGGGCCACCGUUGUGCCUACAGUCGAACCCACAAGCAAGACCCAGAAGAGCCUCUGGAUGACCAGAUGUUGAUGUCUCCUGAUAAAUGUCUGAAAGAUCUGAUUUAUGACAUGAGCACUUCCGGCUCAGGAUCAGGGCUUCCUCUCCUGGUCCAGAGAACCAUAGCUCGAACUAUCGUCCUACAGGAGACCAUCGGGAAAGGCCGUUAUGGGGAGGUGUGGCGCGGGAAGUGGCGUGGAGAGGAUGUAGCGGUAAAGAUCUUCUCCUCCAGGGAUGAGAGGUCUUGGUUCCGUGAAGCUGAGAUUUACCAGACUAUCAUGCUCAGGCAUGAAAACAUCCUGGGAUUCAUUGCUGCUGAUAACAAAGAUAACGGCUCCUGGACGCAGCUCUGGUUGGUUUCAGAGUACCACGAGCACGGCUCCCUUUACGAUUACCUGAACAGGUACACCGUCUCAGUGGAGGGCAUGGUUGUCCUGGCCUUGUCUAUAGCAAGUGGGCUGGCACACCUUCACAUGGAAAUUAUUGGCACACAAGGGAAGCCUGCAAUCGCACACAGAGACCUAAAAUCUAAAAAUGUCCUCGUGAGGAAGAACGGUACAGCUGUCAUCGCAGAUUUGGGUUUGGCUGUGAAACACGACUCCAACACAAAUACCAUCGACAUACCGUCCAACCACAGAGUGGGAACCAAGAGGUACAUGGCUCCAGAGAUCCUGGACGAGUCGAUCAAUAUGAACACAUUUGAGUCAUUCAAGCGAGCGGAUAUCUAUUCGCUGGGCCUGGUGUUUUGGGAACUGGCCAGAAGAUGCUCUGUAAGAGGACUUCAUGAAGACUUCCAGCUGCCUUAUUAUGACAUGGUGCCUUCAGAUCCGUCCAUUGAGGACAUGAGGAAAGUGGUGUGUGACCAGAAACUCAGACCCAACAUUCCCAACCAGUGGCAGAGCUGUGAGGCUCUGCGAGUGAUGGGCAAACUGAUGCGAGAGUGCUGGUACGCCAACCCCUCCGCUCGGCUGACUGCUCUGCGAGUGAAGAAAACCGUGUCUCAGCUGUGCGCUAUCAAGGACAUUAAAGACUAGGUGGGCUGGUGGCUCUGCAGACACGCAGGGACAAAAGAGCCGGAGGCCGCCCCCUUCUGGACACUCGGUGCGCACCUUCAGGGCCGUUGUUGGUGCCAAAGCAUUCAGGAUGGUGCGCUUUUGUACGUGGACACCAGCUUAACCGACACUCACAACCAAACACCUGAAGCUUCAGUAGGAAGAGCCACGCGACGUAAGUCAUGUUCAAUGUGACCACCAUGCUACCUCAGUAUUUGAAGUGCCCACUUGACGUUGCACAUGUUUUGUGUUUUUGUGCCAUACACUGUAGCAAAUGCAGUACUGCUAAAAAAAAAAAAGAAGAAAAAAACAAAAGAAAAAAUAGAUUUACGGGACAAAUACUAUGAAAUAUGACACGUAAAAAGCAGACUUUUCCAAAUAAUCUAAAGAAAUUUUGCACACUUUUAUGUUAACUUGUGAUUUUUUGUGAGCUUUAAGAAAGGGAAUAUAAUACAGCUAUUCAAUGCUUUUUUUAAAUUAUUUUUAUCACAAAUAUGAUUUAGAUAAGGUUAUGAGUAAGAACCCUAAGCUUCUAGAUAAUAGAAUUUAAGUAAAAGUUAUUUUUUUAUUAUUAAACUGGUGCCACAAACAUUUACUGUGGAUGUAAAUGGUCAAAAUAAAAAGCUUUGAUUUAUUUAAUACGGUUGACCUUUUCUCCAGCACCUUGAACUUUCUAGACAUCUAAUGAAUUGUUAAAAUAUAUAUGUGUAAUUUUCAGAGCCUAACACAGCAGUUGCUGUUUUAUUUUCUUAAAAUAAAGUUAAGUGAAGCUAUAAAUCCAAAUAUUUUUGCACAUUUAUGAACUACAAAACUAUGAUAGAAUUAAAAACAAUUGCUUCAUAAAGAGCAGAUUAAUGACUUUUACAUUUUUUUAUUUUAAAAACAGAUAUUUACAUCUCAUAUUAGACGACAAAGGAAAAAAAAAACAUUUCAGGACAUGGAAGAUAUUGUUGCACAAAAUGAUGUUGGGACAACAAACUGCAUUAAUACAGAUUAUAAAGAGAGGUUGGAUUAUUAAUGCGACUGUCUGCCGAUAAAAGCCUUUAUGUAACAGGCUCAGGGAAGGUGCAAAAGAGUAAAUCUGUACACCCACUGUGCUUGUAUGAACCAGUGAGGGUUCAGGCGUUAUCAUAUUAGCUGAUUUAUCAUUGAAAUGUUUGUGAAAAUGACAUUUGUAGCCUUAAAUCCUCGUUUUUUGCAGUUACUCACUUUCAUUAAACUGCCAGAUAUCAGUGUUUGACAUGUUACAUCAGAAAAAAGUGUUGUAAAUAGUUUUCUCUGAAACGCAAGUCAUGUUUUUUGACCUGUUGGUAAAUAUCAGCUCCUGUGCAGGUCUCCAUGUGUUCCUCUCUCUGGAUUAUUUCUGUGUAGCAACAGCGUUGAAUAUAAAAAAUAAAAAAAAAAGGAAAAUAUUCAGUCAAAUUGACCGGCUUUGCUUCUGCAUGUCAAAUAAAAAGAACCCUGUUGUUUUAGUUGUUGAUUUAUAGGCUGUAUCAGUACGUUUCUUCAACAAUCAGAUAAAAAAACAAACAUUUCUCACUCAUUCCUGCUCUUAUAAGUGGCUUUAUUACAUAGGAAAAAAAAUAUGACAGCUUUUACAAUAGAACCUGCUUCUGAUUUUCUCAACUCCCAUUAAAAUGUUUAUGUUUUGUGUUGUUCACAUGUGGGUUUUGUGCCACAGCAGUGUAUCUUUGUUUUCCCUGCACUAUUUAUUCUGUGAUAUCUUUGUGGAAAUAAACAUUUUUUCAUGAUCUAAA